AGGGAAAUUUGCAGUGGUGAAGAAGUGUAUCGAGAAAGACACUGAAAGAGAGUUUGCAGCAAAAUUCAUGAGAAAAAGAAGAAAGGGCCAAGACUGUCGGAUGGAAAUAAUUCAUGAAAUUGCAGUCCUUGAGCUGGCGCAGUGCAACCUUUGGGUCAUUAACUUGCAUGAAGUUUAUGAAACUGCAACAGAGAUUAUUUUAGUCUUGGAAUAUGCUGCUGGAGGUGAAAUCUUUGACCAGUGUGUGGCUGAAAGAGAGGAAGCCUUCAAAGAAAAAGAUGUUAAACGACUUAUGAAGCAGAUCUUGGAAGGAGUUUCAUUCUUGCACAGAAACAAUGUGGUUCAUCUUGACUUAAAGCCCCAAAAUAUUCUACUAACCAGUAAGUCCCCUCUGGGAGACAUUAAGAUAGUAGAUUUUGGCCUUUCAAGAAUAAUGAAGAGCAGUGAGGAACUACGAGAAAUUAUGGGAACUCCAGAAUAUGUAGCUCCUGAAAUUCUGAGUUAUGACCCAAUUAGUACAGCAACCGACAUGUGGAGCAUUGGAGUACUGGCAUAUGUUAUGUUAACAGGGAUAUCACCUUUCUUAGGGGAUGAUAAACAAGAAACAUUCUUAAAUAUAUCUCAAAUGAACGUAAGUUACUCUGGAGAAGACUUUGACCUCAUAUCAGAGUCUGCUGUGGAUUUCAUCAAAACUCUGCUGGUUAAGAAACCCGAGGACCGGGCAACUGCUGAAGAAUGUCUUCAACAUCCGUGGUUAGAACAAAGCAAUAAUCCUGCUUGCAGGGCCUGGAAUAAGAUUACAGGAGAGGAGACCGGUGGUGUCACCCAGAAAGAUGCAGAUUCUGCCUCUGAAAAAUCAGUAGAUGCUGAGAAAACUGAAGAGGAAGAAUCAAUAGUGACAGAAGAACUAAUUGUAGUGGCUUCAUACACACUGGGACAAUGUAGGCAGUCAGAAAAAGAAAAAGUAACUGAGCAGAAAGCCAUUUCCAAACGAUUUAAAUUUGAGGAACCAUUGCUGCAAGAAAUCCCAGGAGAGUUCAUUUACUGAACUGUGUGGAGCUUCAUAGCUGUAACCGGAAGGCAACAUUUGCUACUAAAGUGAACCUGUGAUAUGCAGUAAAUGUUCUAGAAAAAAGAAAAUGUUGAUAAGUGGCAUCCAAGGAAAAUGUGCCAAGUUUUUAAUUUCAUGGAACAGAUAAAUAAGAUUUCAAUUGGCUGACAGGAAUUUAACAAAUAUAAAAGUUUAUUUUUGUUUGUAAUUUUUAUUUCUGUUUGAGGGGGUUUUUUUUGUGGCUUGAUAGCAGAGUUUUUGUUAAUUGCUCCAGUGUUCUGGACAAGUUGAUGUUGGAAGUGUUUCAGUGACAGAUGUCAAGAGGAGUAUUU